CUCAUAAAGUCAUCAGGAAACGUUUGGCUAACAACAUUAAGGUAGCGAACUUGUGUAUUUGUUUAUUCUUACUCUAAAUAACUGAGCAAUUGUGUUUUGGACUUUUCAACAUGAUCACAUUCGUUGUAACGAUAUCAGAACGUUGUUGUCAGACGUGGAUAUUAACGUUACUGCCGUUAGCUAAUGGCAGCUGUCCAGUUUAGCUAGUUAGCAAGACAAUUUUCGUUUACAUAUAACGACGUUAGCUUUUCCCCAUUACACACGACCAUGCAUGUGAACGCAUAGUGAGAGAUGCCUCCUGGAAACAAACGGGCAAGAAAAGAGGACACACCGCUGGAGUUGGCGUGUGAGUGGGGGUCCUGCCAAGAGUCAUUCGAUCAGAUGCAGGAGUUCUGCGAGCAUGUGGAGGGUCACCUCAAGGCGCUGGACAUAGAGGAAGGGGACAAUUACUCAUUUGGUGAGCGGGUAGGGAAGAAUGUAGUCGUCUCUUUUCACAGCUUGUGCCUCCGACGUGGAGUGGCCCUCUGUGUGAGAGACAUUACAUGAGAGAGGAAAAGCCAGUGAAUGCUCAACUUUAACUUUUCAUCAAAACACAGGACAAAGAAACAUUUAAUUUGAUUUGAGAUAAAGUACCUAAGCCUAUUGUCUAUGGGAUAAUAAUGAACCCUGUGAGUUUGUAUUUUGAAUUUCGUUGUCGCACGUUGAUAUUUGUGGCUGCAAGUACGAUUUGCAAAUGUGUAAUUAUAUUUAGCAAGCUUGUAUAAUGUGUAACUUGACAUUUGAAUACAUUGAAUAAGAUUUGCAAGCAUAAUUUCUUUUCAGAAUUAUUACAAGUCCAUUUGCGAGUAUGAAUAUUCUGCUGUGAAUCAAAAAUACACUUGUAAAUUUUAAUCUGCGUGCUCUUUUUGAACGUUUGUAGAAAGAGAUUCAGAAGUAAAAUGUUUAAUUUGAGCGGCUGUGGGGCCAGUACCUUUUACUUCUGACCAAUCCGCUGCCUAUUGCGCAACCAUCAAUCAAAUCUCAGAAAGUAGUAAAAUAGAAAUGGGGCGUCGAAGAAGAUUGGUGUCAAGUGCAAACAGAGUGCCAGACCUAGUUCUGGAGGUGAAAUGGAAGUGAAUGAGGGCGAGUUAAGUUAGGUGGAAGGUGUGGUAAAGAGCUUGGGAGCCUGAGCCUGGCAUUGAUGGACAUGAUGAAGAAUAUGGUCCAGGAGGAGAGACAUUUUUGGAGAAAGUGGAUUCUUGCCUUUUGGCGGAUCCAUUUGUGGGUCAGGGUGGUUGGGAAAGGAGUUGGGUGCAGUUGAAUCAGUGAAAAUAACCUGUAGUGGACUUGUGAUAUUUGUUUGUGUUUCUUUGGACCAGAGGGAGUGAGUGCUCCGUGUCACGCAACAUGGGUCAAGAUCUGUUUCUUGCUUUGUGAUUAGGAAUAGGGCACCAUUGAAAGGAGUGAUUUCUGGAGUAGCGUUAAGUGUGCAGGUGUGUGUACAGGUUGAGGAUUCCUGGUGUUUGUGGCUCCUGCUGUUUGGUGUGACACAGACCCAAUGGUGAGUGGUGAAACAGAGGAGUCACUGUCAGUCCUUUUUGAGUUUUGAGUCUGAGUUUUUACCGGAAAAGGUGAUGUUAGCAAACAGUGCAUUCGGAAAGUAUUCCGACCCCUUGCCUUUUUCCACAUUUUGUUAUGUUACAGCCUUAUUCUAAAAUUGAUUGAAUAGUUUUUUCCCCUCAUCAAUCUACACACAAUACCCCACAAAAACCAGGUUUUUUGACAUUUUUGCAAAUGUACAAACUUGGCACACCUGUAUUUUGGGAGUUUCUCCCAUUCUUCUCUGCAGAUCCUCUCAAGCUCUGUCAGGUUGGAAGGGAAGCGUCGCUGCACAGCUAUUUUCAGGUCUCUCCAGAGAUGUUCGAUCAGGUUCAAGAACGGGCUCUGGCUGGGCCACUCAAGGACAUUCAGAGACUCUUCCCCGAAGCCACUCCUGUGUUGUCUUGGCUGUGUGCUUAGGGUCGUUGUGUUGUUGGAAGGUGAACCUUUCUCCCCAGUCUGAGGUCCUGAGCGCUCUGGAGCAGGUUUUCAUCAAGUAUCUCUCUGUACUUUGCUCUGUUCAUCUUUCCCUCGAUCCUGACAAGUCUCCCAGUCCCUGCCGCUAAAAAACAUCCCCACAGCAUGAUGCUGCCACCAUGCUACACCGUAGGGAUGGUGCCAUGUUUCCUCCAGACGUGACGCUUGGCAUUCAGGCCAAAGUGUUCAAUCUUGGUUUCAUCAGACCAGAGAAUCUAGUUGCUCAUGGUCUGAGAGUACUUUAGGUGCCUUUUGGCAAACUCCAAGUGUGCUGUCGUGCUUUUUUAAUGAGGAGGGGUUUCCAUCUGGCCACACUACCAUAAAGGCCUGAUUGGUGGAGUGCUGCAGAGAUGGAUGUCCUUCUGGAAGGUUCUGCCAUCUCCACAGAGGAACUCUAGAGCUCUGUCAGUGACCUGCAGGGUUCUUGGUCACCUCCCUGAACAAGGCCCUUCUCCCCCGCUUGCUCAGUUUUGCUGGGUGGCCACUUCUAGGAAGAGUCUUGGUGGUUCCAAACUUCUUCCAUUUGCAAAAAUUUCUAAAAACCUGUUUUCACUUUGUCAUUUUGGGCUAUUGUGUGUAAAUUGAUGAGAAAAAACAUUUAUUUAAUCCAUUUUAGAAUAAGUUUGUAACGUAACAAAAUGUGGAAAAGGGACGGGGUCUGAAUACUUUACGAAUGCACUUUAUAUCAGUUAUCCUGUUAGAGCUUUUGUGCAGAAUCCACUGCAUUGUUUCAGGUACAACAUUUAUGGUCAUGUAGCUGCAGUGUGUAGGAGGGAGAUUCCAAGAUGUGGGAAGUGUGCUGGAGGGCAUGGGACAGAGGAAUGUGUACUUUCGGAAGAUAAAGUUGUGUGUGUCAACUGUAGGGGUGCUCAUGUUGCUGGGGAUCGGAAGUGUCCGGUGCGAGAAAGGCAAGUGGAGGUGGCCAGUGUCAGAGUAGUGCAGAAGGUGUCGUAUGCUGAGGUAGAGGAGGAUGGGUCAAGGGUGAGGGAUCCUGUGAGGAUCCCUGUGAGUAUUGGAUCUGUGCCAGCACAGAGGGAUUGGCCAACGAGUGAUAUAUGCUCAGUGGUGUAAAGUACUUCAGUAAUACUUUGAAGUAUUACUUAAGUUGUUUUUGGGGGGGAUCUGUACUAUACUAUUUGUAUUUUUGAAAAUGUUUACUUUUAUGUUACUACAUUCCUAAAGAAAAUAAUGUAAAUUUAUUCCAUACAUUUUCCCUGACACCCAAAAGUACUUGUUCCAUUUUGAAUGCUUUGCAGAACUAGGGCUGUUACGGUGACCGUAUUACUGCCACACCAGCGGUCACGAGUCAUGACGGCGGUCAAAUUCCAUGUCACCGUUUAGUCACGAUAAUUAGGCUUCUCCAUGCUCUGAUGCUGCUGCUGGUCAUUAGUAGCCUACUAAACUUGCUAACUGCCUGGUACUCAGCACUCGAUUGUCGCUCUAAUCACUCUGACAUCAAUGGAAAUGUAAUUGAAAAUCUAAUCAAACACUUCAUGAGAGCCCAUGAGCUCAUGUUGCACAACAUUUGUAUAGGCUAUGCGUGAGAAAACAGAGCCAUGGCCUCUAUUAAAAAGAAGAGGAUCCCAUUAUCCCCUUAUUGUUCUGUUUGCUUCCGUUUUAAGAAACGUUUUUCAAAAUAAUCGGCAGAAUGAAUACACCCCUGAUCACGCGUAAACACAGUUCACUUUCAUAGCAGCCACAUGGUAUUCCUUCUCAUAUCUAUGCGCUCUCCUCCUCUCACCUCUUCCCUUCGCUUGUGGACUUCAAUGCACAACACUGUAUGUGACCAGGUGAAAAACAUUUCCAAGCCAAACCGCUACACACAGCCUACAUCGUUGUCACCAUAUUAGCUAAAGUAACGUCAUAGUCAGCAUAGGUAAUAUAACUAACACGUUAGUAAACCUGCUAAAAUCAUGCAGUAACAUUACACUGUACAGUCAGUAAGCAGUUACACCGGCGGGCCCCGGUGGCAUUAAAUUAGUAAUACCAAAAGCUUACCUUGACUUGGAAGAAAUCCAGUGUUGUGUUGGAAAGUCAUAGCCAGCUAGCUAACAUAGCAUCCCUCUGUUUGAGCAGAGUGUUUCAGUAGGCUAAACUAGCUAGCUGCAUUUAAUAACUAAGUAAGUGAAACUGAGAGUCCUCUCUUGCUUCUCCUUCAUUUUUGAAGAAAUGAAUUUGUUCAAAACUGUUCAACUAUUGUCUUUCGGUCUCUUUGAGUCAACUACUCACCACAUUCUAUACACUGCAGUAGUAGCUAGCUGUAGCUUAUGCUUUCAGUACUAAAUUCUUUAUCUGAUCCUUUGAUUGGGUGGACAACAUGUCAGUUCAUGCUGCAAGAGCUCUGAUAGGCUGGAGGACGUCCUCCGGAAGUUGUCAUAAUUACUGUGUAAGUCUAUGGAAGGGGGUGAGAACCAUGAGCCUCCAAGGUUUUGUAUUGAAGUCAUUGUACCCAGAGGAGGAUGGAAGCUAGCUGUCCUCCAGCUACACCAUGGUACUACCCUACAGAGUGCUUUGAGGCUAUUGUAGACCUUCUUUGCAAAAUAGUGUUUUAAUAAAUUAUUUGUUGACGUGAUUAUAUUUAGUGUAGUUUUAUCUAAAAAUGAUUAUUUUUUAAUGUUUUAAAAUGUUAAUUUGUAUGAAAUUCACUGAGGAGGAUGGUCCACCCUUUCCUCCUCUGAGGAGCCUCCACUGAUCUAUACACAAUACCUCAUAAUGAUGAAGCAAAAACAGGUUUUUACACAUUUUAGCAAAUUUUUGUACAUACAUUAUCGUUCAAAAAUUUGGGGUCACUUAGAAAUGUCCUUGUUUUCUAAAGAAAAGCAAUUUUUUUGUCCAUUUUAAAAUAACAUCAAAUUGAUCAGAAAUACAGUGUAGACAUUGUUAAUGUUGUAAAUGGCUAUUGUAGCUGGAAAUGGCUGAUUUUUAAUGGAAUAUCUACAUAGGUGUACAGAGGCCCAUUAUCAGCAACCAUCAGUCCUGUGUUCCAAUGGCACGUUGUUUGCUAAUCCAAGUUUAUCAUUUUAAAAGGCUAAUUGAUCAUUAGAAAACCCUUUUGCAAUUAUGUUAGCACAGCUGAAAACAGUUGUGCUGAUUUUAAAGAAGCAAUACAACUGGUCUUCUUGAGACUAGUUGAGUAUCUGGAGCAUCAGCAAUUGUGGGUUCGAAUACAGGCUCACAAUGGCCAGAAAAAAAAGAACUUUCUUCUGAAACUCGUCAGUCUAUUCUUGUUCUGAGAAAUGAAGGCUAUUCCAUGCGAGAAAUUGCCAAGAAACUGAAGAUCUCGUACAACACUGUGGACUACUCCCUUCACAGAACAGCUAAAACUGUCUCUAACCAGAAUAGAAAGAGGAGUGGGAGGCCCCGGUGCACAACUGAGCAAGAGGACAAAUACAUUAGUGUCUAGUUUGAGAAACAGGCGCCUCACAGGUCCUCAACUGGCAGCUUCAUUAAAUAGUACCCGCAAAACACCAGUCUCAACAGUGAAGAGGUGACUCGGGGAUGCUGACCUUCUAGGCAGAGUUACAAAGAAAAAGCCAUAUGUCAGACUGCCCAUCUUAAUCUUUUUUUAAAUUUAUUGGCCAAGUGACCCCAAGCCUUUGAACGGUAGUGUAAGUAUUCAGACCCUUUGCUAUGAGACUCAAAAUUGAGCUCUGGUGCAUCCUGUUUCCAUUGAUAAUCCUUGAGAUGUUUCUACAACUUGAUUGGAGUCCACCUGUGGUAAAUUCAAUUGAUUGGACAUGAUUUGGAAAGGCACACACCUGUCUAUAAGGUCCCACAGUUGAGGGUGCAUUCAGAGCAAAAACCAAGCCAUGAGGUUGAAGGAAUUGUCUGUAGAGCUCAGAGACAGGAUCGUGUCGAGGCAAAGAUCUGGGGAAGGGUACCAAAAAAUGUCUGCAGCAUUGAAGGUCCCCAAGAACACAGUGGCCUCCAUCAUUCUUAAGUGGAAGAAGCUUGGAACCACCAAGACUCUUCCUAGAACUGGCCGCCCGGCCAAACUGAGCAAUCGGGGUAGAAGGACCUUGUUCGGGGAGGUGACCAAGAACCCGAUGAUCAUUGACAGAGCUCCAGAGUUCCUCUGUGAAGAUGGUUGUCCUUCUGGAAGUUUCUCCCAUCUCUGCAGCACUCCACCAAUCAGGCCUUUAUGGUAGAGUGGGCAGACGGAGGCCACUCCUCAGUAAAAGGCACAUGACAGCCCACUUGGAGUUUGUUAAAAUGCACCUAAAGACUCUCAGACCAUGAGAAACAAGAUUGAACACUUUGGCCUGAAUGCCAAGUGUCACGUCUGGAGGAAACCUGGCACCAUCCCUACGGUAAAGCAUGGUGGUGGCAGCAUCAUGCUGUGGGGAGAUUUUUCAGCGGCAGGGACUGGGAGACUAGUCAGGAUCGAGGGAAAGAUGAACGGUGCAAAGUACAGAGAGAUCCUUGAUGAAAACCUGCUCCAGAGCGCUCAGGACCUCAGACUGGGGUGAAGGUUCACCUUCCAACAGGACAACGACCCUAAGUAUACAGCCAAGACAACGCAGGAGUGGCUUCGGGACAAGUCUCUGAAUGUCUUUGAGUGGCCCAGCCAGAGCUCAGACUUGAACCCAAUCGAACAUCUCUGGAGAGAUAUGAAAAUAGCUGUGCAGCAACGCUCUCCAACCAACCUGACAGAGCUUGAGAGGAUCUGCAGAGAAGAAUGGGAGAAAUUCCCCAAAUACAGGUGAGCAAAACUUGUAGCGUUAUACCCGAGAAGACUUGAGGCUGUAUUCGCUGCCAAAGGUGCUUCAACAAAGUACUGAGUAAAGUGUCUGAACACUUAUGUAAAUGUUAUAUUUCCGUUUUAAUUUUAAUUUUUUAUAUAUCUACAUUUGCAAACAUUUCCAAAAACCUGUUUUGGGAGUAUUGUGUGUAGAUUGAUGAGGGGGAAAAACAAUUGAACCAAUUUUAGAGUAAGGCUGUAACGUAACAAAAUGGGGAAAGGGUCUGAAUACUUUCCGACUGCACUGUACAUGUCUCUCGUUUGUUUUCUGUCACUAGAUGAGCAGAGUUGUAUAUGGAAAGACUGUGGGUUCUGCUCUGUGGAGAGUGCUGAGUUGAAGCGCCACGUGUAUUUCCACUGUUACCACACCAAGCUGAAGCAGUGGGGCCAGGGGGUACUCAAGGCCCAGCCCAGCCUCGGCACCUGCACCAUUGGCCUCCACAACCGCAACAUCGUGCCUGACAUAACAGAAAACUUCAUCUGCCAGUGGGAGCAAUGUGAGGUGAGACACUGUUAGUGUGGGUCAUAUCUAGCUUAGAUGUGAAGCUUGUGGACAGACAGACAUAGCAUUAAGCCAGGCAUAGACCAGGGACGUGCACAGUCCGUCACGGGACACACACGGGGGGGUAUACAGAAGAUAGCCCUAUUUGGUAAAAGACCAAGUCCGUAUUAUGGCAAGAACAGCUCAAGAAUAGAGAAAUGACAGUCCUUUGGUCUGGAGUCCAAAUUGGAAAUGUUUGGUUCAAACUGCUGUGUCUUUGUGAGACGUGGUGUCGGUGAACGGAUGAUCUCUGCAUGUGUAGUUCCCACCGUAAAGCAUGGAGGAGGAGGUGUUAUGGUGACAUUUUACAUUUUAGUCAUUUAGCAGACGCUCUUAUCCAGAGCGACUUACAGUUAGUGAGUGCAUACAUUAUUUAUUUUAUUUUUCAUACUGGCCCCCCGUUGCAAACGCCAUGCUCUACCAACUGUUUAUUUCCAUCCCUGCCGGCCAUUCCCUCCCCUACCAUGGACGACGCUGGGCCACUUGUGCGCCACCUCAUGGGUCUCCCUUGUCACGGGCAGCUAUGACAGAGCCUGGAUUCGAACCAGGAUCUCUAGUGGCACAGCUAGCACUGCGAUGCAGUGCCUUAGACCACUGCGCCACUCGGGAUGAGACAGUCUGUGUUCAAGGCACACUUAACCAGCAUGGCUACCACAGCAUUCUGCAGCGAUACGCCAUCCCAUCUGGCUUGGGCUUAGUGGGACUAUCAAUUGUUUUUCAACAGGACAAUUUUCUUGUUUUUUUACAUUUUUUUGUUUAAACACAUUUUUUAGUCAUUUAGCAGACGCUUUUAUCCAGAGCGACUUAAAGUUAGUGAGUGCAUACAUUUUCAUACUGGCCCCCUGUGGGAAACGAACCCACAGCCCUGGCGUUGCAAGCGCCAUGCUCUACCAACUGAGCUACAGGUGACUGACCCAACACACCUCCGGGGUGUGUAAGGGCUAUUUGACCAAGAAGGAGAGUGAUGGAGUGCCGUAUCAGAUGACCUGGCCUCCACAUUCCCCCGACCUCAACCCAAUUGAGAUGGUUUGGGAUGAGUCGGGCUGCAGUGUGAAGGAAAAGCAGCCAACAAGUGCUCAGCUUAUAUGGGAACUCCUUCAAGACUGUUGGAAAAGCAUUCCAGGUGAAGCUGGUUGAGAGAAUGCCAAGAGUGUGCAAAGCUGUCAUCAAGGCAAAGGGUGGCUAUUUGAAGAAUCUCAAAUAUAAAAUAUAUAUCGAUUUGUUUAACACUUUUUUGGUUACUACAUGAUUCCAUAUGUUAUUCCAUAGUUUUGAUGUCUUCACUAUUAUUCUACAAUGUAGAAAAUAGUAAAAAUAAAGAAAAACCCUUGAAUGAGUAGGUGUGUCCAAACGUUUGACUGGUAGUGUUGGUAUUAUUGUCGAAGACCGUUACUACUUGAGUAACACGUCUAUUUGUGUGUGUGUGUGUGUAUUUGUGUUUGCAGCAACCCUCUCUGGCCAACUCAGAGUGGUUCUACCGCCAUGUGGAGAUGCACAGCAUGUGUAUGGACCUACCCUCUGCUGAUAAGGAGACAUUGGUGUGUUGUGGCUGGAAGGGUGAGUCCACUGACCCCUGUAAAGAUGGUAGUAUAGAAGGUGGAAGCUUACAACUAUUCAGGAGAAACCAAGAGGUGACUGAAUGUUUCAGUUGGAAGGUGUGUAGGUUUUUAUUGUCUCGGAAGUGGCAGUGGAUAAAAUAGGUAAGAGCAGGGUUGGCCUAUUACCGGUUGUAAUGUGACCUGGAACCAGAGUGAAUACCACAACUGAGAAUAUCAACUGUACUUAUUUUCCCCUGACUUUUCUCCAGACUGUGAGGCCAAGUUUAAAGGGCGUUUUAAGUUGCGGGAGCACCUGCGGAGCCACACUGGGGAGAAGGUGGUGGCCUGCCCAAUCUGUGGAGGGAUGUUUGCGAACAACACCAAGUUCUUUGACCACAUUAGACGGCAGACCACCAUCGAGGGUGAGAUGGGAUGUUCAGGGGUGGAUUGGAUUUAGGGCUUUGUUAACAUUGUGGAGUAUAACCCAAUAACACAUUUACUUAAUGACUGACUCAUGACUGUGUGUCUGUGUUCCCUUGUCUGUCCUAGGUCAGAGGUUCCAGUGCUCCCACUGCUCCAAACGCUUUGCAACGGAGAGACUACUGAGGGACCACAUGAGGAAUCAUGGUCAGUCCCUUGAACUCCCUUCUUUGUAUUUAUAUCACACGAUGAUCAAUCUCUACUAUCGUUUGCUGCCGAGUAGUACGGUGUUCUGAUCUGUUCCUUUCUCUUCUUCUCUCUCCCCAUCUGCUGUUAGUGAACCACUACAAGUGUCCAUUGUGUGACAUGACCUGCCCGUCCCCCUCAUCGCUGCGGAACCACAUCAAGUUCCGCCAUAGCAACGAGAAGCCUUACAGCUGUGAAUACUGCGAGUACAGGUAGGUUCAUAGAUUAGGUAGAUACUAAAGUAAUACCUGGGACUCCGGUCUAUAGUAUAAGCCAACACCAUCCGUCUUUGACAGAGAUGACGUCCAUACUUUAUUAUGAAAGGAAAUUAAUUAUAUUUAAGAAGUAAAUAUAGUUAGUGUGUGCAAGUGUACGGGAGACCCAUGGGGCGGCGCACAAUUGGCCCAGUGUCGUCCAGGGUAGGGGAGGGAAUGGCCGGCAGGGGAUGUAGCUCAGUUGGUAGAGCAUGGCGUUUGCAACGCCAGGGUUAUGGGUUUGAUAAAAUAAUGUAUGUGCUAACUGUAAGUCGCUCUGGAAAAGAGCGUCUGCUAAAUGACUAAAAUGUAAAUGUUAACAAUUGCCUGAAUGUUAGUUAAUUUGUAAAGGGAGAACCCAUCCUUACCCAUCUUUCGUGUGUGUGUAUCAGCUGUAAGAACCUUAUCGACCUUCGUAAACACCUGGACACCCACAGCACUGAGCCGGCCUACCGCUGUGACUUCACCAACUGUGACUACACCACACGCUCACUGCACUCCAUCAAGAACCACUACAAGAAAGUACAUGAGGUGAGAGAGGGAGAUGUAUACAUUUUUACACUUUUCACUCUGCUGAGCCAAGCUUAUCUGUACUGGGCAGGCCUAGUUAUGCAUCCACCAUAGUUGCUGGAACCGUGCUGAAAAUAACAAUUUGAAGCCCUGUUGUGCAAGUCAGCCAUGUAAAGACAACUCUAAUGUAUGUGCUCAAUGCCUAAACUAUAUUUGAAGAUGUUUACCUUUUGUGUUGACAACUCAGGGAGAUUUUGUGGCUCGCUACAAGUGUCAUGUCUGUGAGCAGUGCUUCACUAGGGGAAACAACCUCACUGCCCACCUCCGCAAGAAGCACCAGUUCAAAUGGCCCUCCGGACACCCUCGUUUCAGGUACCAACUACUGAGCCUUUCAACAUGGCAAACAGAACAUUUAUAGCCAGCAUACUAGGACAACCAAUUCUAAAGUGCAUGUGGUUGAGAUUGUAUCUAACAGCAUCGGUAAGACCUCAUUCAAUGUAAGUAGUUUGACUCCAGAAUCAUUAGUAGGUGAAUGAGAAAGUCUGAGCCUAUUUGGAUAAUCAUUUUGACUUGUGGCUAACUAUUCUUUCUUUUUUUCCCCUCUCUCUCUCCCAGGUAUAAGGAACACGAUGACGGCUUUAUGCGUCUACAGCUGAUCCGCUAUGAGAGCGUGGAGCUGACUGAGCAACUGAUGAGAGAGAGACCGGAGGGCCAGGAGGGAGAGGGGGAGGAGGGAGAGGACGCUGCCCAGACAGACAGCCUGGGGCCUGGGGAGGACGAGGAGGAGGCCGGGGCGUUAGCACACUCCACGGACGUACAGUCGGAGCUGAGAGGGGUGCUGUUGGAGGAGGGUGGGGCGGUGGAUCAGGGGGAGGGGGUGUUCUUUGUUCUGACUGGUGGUGACCCGUCUCAGGCAGGGGAGGACACUGUGAUGCUGCAGCUACAGGACACUGCUCAGCAGCUGGGCAUGCAGGUGGUAUAA